AUGGACAUGCAGGUGAUUCUCCUAUCAUUGGCCGGGGCCGUAGUUCUCACUCUCCUCGUCGCCUCGUUCCUGCUCUUCCCAUCACGGUAUCGCCCAGCCCCAGGCCCAGCCGCAAAGCGACAUGUAGCAGCCCAGGUCCUGGUGCUGGGGGACAUCGGCCGCAGCCCUCGCAUGCAAUACCACGCGCUCAGCAUUGCCAAGCAUGGAGGGACUGUCGAGCUGAUAGGUUAUCACGAGUCAGCCCUGUUGCCGGCUCUCACAAAGCUGCCCAACGUCACCGUCUGCGCAUUGGGCGCUCCACCAGCUGUCCUCAGAUCCAAGUCCGCCCCCUUUAUCAUCACAGGCCCGCUCAAGGUGCUGUGGCAAGUUCUAAAUCUGAUUCACGUCCUGUUGUACAAGACGCAGCCGGCACAAUGGCUGCUUGUCCAGAACCCGCCCUCGAUCCCAACCUUGGCCGUGGCGUGGCUGACAUGCACUCUCCGCAACACACGCCUCGUCAUAGACUGGCACAACUACGGCUGGACCAUCCUCGAGGGCACCCGCGGGCCCUCCCACCCGUUCGUCCGCAUCUCAAAGCUCUACGAGUGCUUCUUCGGCCGCCUCGCGCCCUCGGCCAACCUGACCGUCACCCACGCCAUGCAGCGGCAGCUGCGGAGGGCGCCGUGGGGGAUCCGCACCCCGAUCGUGACGAUGCACGACCGGCCCGCCGCCAUCUUCCAGCCCGUUUCCUCCGUGAGCCAGCGGGAGUCGCACCUCUCGGCCGUCGACGAGGCGCGCGACUUCGCCGCGGCCAUCACGGGCGGCCGGCAGAGACUGGUCGUGAGCAGCACGUCCUGGACGCCCGACGAGGACUUCGGCCUGCUCCUCGACGCCCUGGUGCGGUACGGCGCGUCUUCCGGUCCGCAGCCGCCCCUGCUCGUCAUCAUCACGGGCCGGGGCCCCCAGAAGGCGGCGUACGAGGCCGAGAUCGCCAGGCUCGCCGCCGCGGGCAAGCUGCCGGGCAUCACGGUGCGCACGGCCUUCCUCUCGUUCGAGAACUACGCGCGCCUCCUCGCCGCCGCGGACCUGGGCAUCUGCCUGCACAUGAGCAGCUCGGGCGUCGACCUGCCCAUGAAGGUGGUUGACAUGUUCGGCGCCGGCCUCCCCGUGCUGGCGUACUCGGGCUACGAGAGCUUCGGCGAGCUGGUCAGGGAGGGCGAGAACGGCUGUGGCUUCGAGACGUCGGCCGAGCUGGGAGAUGCCAUGGGCCGGCUCCUGGGCGCGGGGGGCGAGAAGGAGCUCGCCAGGCUGAGGGAGGGUGCCGUCAGGGAGGGCAGCUGCCGGUGGGACGAGGAGUGGGAUGAGGUCGUCAAGCCUCUUUUGGGCUUUGCUGCGGAAUGA